UGUCAGUUUCGCUCAUGUUUUGUUUAUCAUUCGAGACACAGGUUUUUCAAAUUAAAAAUUAAUAUUUUUGAGGAGGAAUUAUUAUUAUAAUAAUUAAAGAACUGCUUCCGUAAUCAUGUUAACAUCCAAAUUGGAAGUGCUAGUUGAUUUCGGACCCAAACCUGAACAGAAGAUUUUGGACAAAACAAUAAAUGAUUUGAAAUCACAAGAUGGCGUCAAAGAGGUAAUAUUCAAAGAUGGCGCUUUGAUGAUCGAGACAACAUUACCGAGUGCAGAUGUACUGGAUAUAGUCACGAAGACGUCGGGAAAGCGGGCGGUGUUACAAGGAUUUGGUGACAGCCAGUCAGCGGUCGCUAUGCUGUCCAGUCAGUCGUGCUGCUCCGGCCGCGUGCUGGGCGUGGUCAGAUUCCAGCACACGGCCGAGGGUCUCGUCUGCGACGGCGCUGUGGACGGCCUGGCUGAAGGAGAGCAUGGACUUCACGUGAGACACUCCGGAGACCUCACCGAGGGCUGCCAAUCGCUAGGUGAACAUUUCAACCCGCACGGUUCCCCCCACGGCGCCCCGGACGAUCCGCCAUCUUUGCGUCACGCCGGCGACCUUGGGAAUAUAGUCGCUGACGAGAACGGCAGAGCCACUUUCAGGAUACAGGACAAUGUGCUUAAGAUUUGGGACCUGAUAGGCAGAUCUGUUGCCGUGACGGAGCGACGCGACGAUUUGGGUCGCGGAGUCUCGCCCACUUCGAAGAUAGACGGCGACAGUGGCAGGCCUGUCGCCUGCGGUAUCAUUGCUCGCUCCGCCGGCAUAUUUCAAAAUCCGAAGCGGAUCUGCGCGUGCGACGGCGUCGUCGUGUGGGACGAGAGAGACAGACCGCUAGCGGGGAAGGGACGGAGGAAGUGCUGCGAGAAACAUGACGAGAAACGCGAGAACGGGACUGGGGAUGCCGAGAAACCGUGUUGUAAAGUUUGAGUUGGGUGUUUGAAAUGCUGUUUAAGUAGGUAUGAUUUGGAACAAAAAUGGAACAUAUUUUUUUUUGGAAAUUGUAUAGUUAUAUAAACCGAUUCUAGCUUUUGUCCCAGGCUUUACUUACGUUCAAAAUGCCAAUAAAUUAUUAUCAUUGCUACAAUUUGUCUUUCAUAUUUCUGUGAAAUCUGGUUAGUGGCGUCGGCUAUGUGUGUUAACAAAGAUAACAAAAAAAAGCAUUUUAUUAUAAUUUAAAUUGGAUUUGGAUCAUAUUUGCUUGGCAUAUGUAAAUAUUGUUCUUGUUGUUGGGAAUAUUGUUUGAAAUAAA